UGUGAUGCUGGCGCUCAGUUUUAGUUCUGGUUCUGGUUCUGGUGUGGUGUUGAACUCGUCCGCGUUGAAGGAUUCGGACCCUGUGCACCUCUUCCCCGUUCUCACCGUUAAUUAUGAGCGCGUCCGGAAACCUUUUGAGAUCUCGCUGUGGAUCCUGCUGGCGUCACUCAUGAAGCUCGGCUUCCACGUGAUCCCGGGCAUCUCCAGCGUGGUGUCGGAGAGCUGCGUGCUGAUCAUGGUUGGUUUCCUGGUUGGAGGUCUCAUUAAACUCUCAGGUGAACAGCUUCCAGUUCUUGACACCAACCUCUUCUUCCUGUGUCUCCUCCCGCCCAUCAUCCUGGACGCCGGCUACUUCCUUCCUCUCAGGUCUUUCGCUGAGAACGUGGGUUCCAUCCUGGCGCUGGCCGUGCUGGGCACGCUCUGGAACUCCGUCUUCGUGGGGGCCGUUUUAUACGGGGCGUGCAGGCUGGGCGUGGUCCAGGCGGGUGGAGUGGACCUUCUGUCCUGCCUGCUGUUCGGGUCCAUCUCCUCGGCGGUGGAUCCGGUGGCCGUCCUGGCCGUCUUCCAGGAGAUUCACAUCAACGAGCUCCUGCACAUCCUGGUGUUCGGAGAGUCGCUCCUUAAUGAUGCGGUUACCGUGGUGCUCUAUCACCUCUUGGAGGAGUUCGGAGGCUCCGGCUCUGUGGCUCUACGUGAUGCAUUACUGGGCGUGUUCAGUUUUGUAGUGGUGGCAUUAGGGGGCAUCGUAGUGGGCGUGGUUUACGGCAUCAUGGCGGCCGCCACCUCUCGCUUCACGUCACACUCGCGGGUCAUCGAGCCGCUCUUCGUCUUUCUCUUCAGCUACCUGGCGUACCUGUCCGCCGAGAUCUUCCACCUGUCUGGCAUCAUGGCGCUAAUCGCCUGCGGGGUGGUCAUGCGGCCAUACGUGGAAGCCAACAUUUCACACAAGUCCUACACCACCAUCAAGUACUUCCUGAAGAUGUGGAGCAGCGUUAGCGAAACACUCAUCUUUAUAUUUCUUGGAGUCUCCACUGUAGCUGGACCUCAUCACUGGAACCUCACCUUCAUCACCCUCACCAUCCUCCUCUGCCUCGUCUCCAGAGUGCUCGGUGUGGUGGGACUGAGCUUCAUCAUGAAUAAGUUUCGCAUGGUCAAGUUAACCGGUAAAGAUCAGUUCAUCGUGGCCUACGGUGGCCUCAGAGGGGCGAUCGCCUUCUCUCUGGCCUUCCUGCUCCCCAGCGAACGCUUUCCCAUGAAGAACAUGUUCCUCACCUCCAUCAUCACCCUCAUCUUCUUCACCGUCUUCGUUCAGGGAAUGACCAUCCGGCCGCUGGUCGAGCUUCUCGCUGUGAAAAAGAAAACCAUAACCAAGUUUACAAUAAACGAGGAGAUUCACACACAGUUCCUCGAGCUCGUGCUGACAGGAAUCGAGGGCGUCUGUGGACAUUAUGGACACUACCACUGGAAGGACAAGUUAAGCAGGUUUAAUACACAGUAUAUGAAGAAGUGGUUGAUAGCUGGAAAACGAUCUGAAGAACCUCAGCUGAUCUCCUUCUACAAUAAGCUGGAGCUGAAACAGGCACUCCUAGUGGCCCAAGGUGGAACUGCAGGCAAGCUCACACCAUCGCCAUCUGCUGCUUCGUUACUGAACGCCGAGAGUAACAAGAUGGAACAGUUGAUGCAGAUCACCAAGGAGCAGAAGGCGGCGAUCCGGAAAAUUCUCACUGAAAAUUUGUACAAUACCAAACAGAGGCUGCAUUCAUACAGUAGACACACUCUGCUGCUGGACGAUGAGGAGGCCGAGUGGCGUGAGGUUCAACUCCGCAGACAGAGGGCGCACAUGGGGAGAAAAAUGAGCCAUUAUAUGACCGUUCCAGCUCACAGGCCGGACUCACGCCCAGAGAGGCAAAGCAGUGACACCAAAUUCAACAUGGAGACACUUUUCAGUCCUACAGAGCUCCAACCACAGCAGAGCCGUAACGACCCCCACGGAGGGAAGGGCCGGAAGCCCAGUGUGACCUUCACCUUGGACGUUGAGGAGCAGAAAGUACCUCAGAGUAUCAACAGCCUGGACGUGAAUGAGAUCCAGGAGGAACCGGACGAGAACAGACCCACAAACUCUUACUAACAUCCAUACGUUUGUUUAUUAACUAGAAUAAGAUCACCCUGAUCGAGGUGGUGGUGUGUUUGGAACUUAUCUCAGGGGGUUCAGGGCGAGAACACGUCCCAGACAGGGUGCCAAUAUUAAAAUGUUCUUCUGUA